GGAAACCCUCGCGCAACUCCAUGGAAACGGCGCACGCCCUUUUCGAAUAUUUAGCUACCUAGCCCUUUUGCUAAUGCUAGCUACGUCGAAAACACUAAUCGAAUCUUUCUAUCAUAUAGAAAAACAGCAGAAAAAAUAAAUAAAUCUCUAAAUUAUUAUAUGUUUAUUGGUUUUGCAUGAUCAUGAGUCGCACUCCGGAUGCAAGAGCAAGAGACACCCAGACCAAGCAGAUCCAGGACAGCAUCACUCAUGUGGAGAAGCAUUUUGGGGAGCUGUGCCAGCUUUUUUCAGCAUACGUACGUAAAACAGCACGACUGAGGGACAAGGCUGAUGUGCUGGUCCGAGAGAUUGGCCUCUACGCAGACACGGAGACACCCAAUCUGAAAACUGGACUCAAGCACUUUGCGGAUCAGCUCGCCAAAAUUCAGGACUACAGACAAGCCCAGGUGGAAAGACUUGAUGCCAAAGUGGUUGAGCCACUGAAAGCGUAUGGUUCUGUUGUGAAACUGAAAAGGGAGGACCUGAAACUUACCCAGAGUGCCAGGAACCGAGAAUCGAAGCAGAUGCAGCAGCUGGAGAGAAUGAGACAGAGGAACCCCUCUGACAGACAGAUCAUUGCUGAGAGCGAGCUGCAGCGAGCCACGAUGGACGCCACACGCACGACGCGCCAGCUGGAGGAGACAAUAGACCUGUUCGAAAGGCAGAAGAUCCGAGAUAUCAAGAAAAUCUUCGGGGAGUUCGUGACCGUGGAGAUGGCAUUUCAUGCUAAAGCUUUGGAGGUGUACACAACUACCUAUCAGCACAUCAAAAACGUGGAUGAAGAAGCAGAUCUAGAGGUUUUCCGGAGCACCCUGCAUCCCCCUGACUACCAGUCACGCAUAGAGAUCGUCCGUGCUAAUUCCAGGACGUCCUUAAAUCACACCGGCAUGUCUAUGAGUAAAUCGGGGGCGUUGCAGUUACCCUCCAAUGAACUCGGGAGCUCCUCAAAGUCAAAGACUACAAAAGGACAGAAGAAAGGAGUCGAAGACGAGGAGGAGGAGGAGGAGGAGGAUGAUGAGGAGGAGGAGGAGGACGAAGACGACGAUGACGACGAGGACGAAGAUGAUGAUUUGGAAGACGUUACAGACGAGGAGAAAUAACAAACCUGCUUAACUGCUUCUUGUGCCAUAGUAUUUUAUUAAACAGUGUUUCAGAGUUGCACAGCCGUCUAACAUGUAAUUAAUCCACCAGCAGUAAUUCUUAGCUUUAUCAUCAGUGCCUGUAAACAUUCGCCAUUGUUUUAUGUUUUAUAUUAAGCAUGUACAGUAAAAUUACACCUUUUCUUUUACUAGAUCAUUUAAAACCAAUGCUUUUGACUGUCUCGUGCCAACAGUGUUUAUUUCUCAGUGCAGUGUUCGUUUUAAACUUUAAUACAUGACCAAAUAAACCACACUUGUGUCAUUCCUAAAUGAUU